UAUUUAAGUAUAUAAUAGUAUAAAUUAUUAGAUUAUUAUAUUAUGUCGCAGAAUUAAAAACGGAUAUAUUAGAAAUUAGUUAAAUACUAAUCCCCGUCCUCGCAUAUCGCAAACGUUUGCCUAGGCUUUUGACAUUAUAUUGACAUUUGACAUAACAUUGACACGCCUGGCCUGACAGUAAAAAAAAGUUCUAGUUCUAAGUUCUAAUGGCAAAAUGGCGUUGAUUUAUAGGGGAUAAGUUUGUGUUUUUAUGAAUUUUUUCCAGAGUAAAUAUUAAAUAUAAGUGCCAGUUUAAUACAUGUGGAUGCUUUUGAUCUUAAACAUAUAGGUAGCUCUUUUUGGCGAUAACAUGUCUAAUGAAGAGAUAGUUAAUACUGUUUUAGAAGGUAUAGCUAAAGUAAAAGACUACAUUGAUUAUAUUGAUAAAGAAAUAUGUUUAAAUAAAAAUUCAUCCGAUGAGGAAACAAAGGAAGUCAUAGAGAAACUAUUUAGUCUUUCAAAAGCAACUAAAGACAAAUUUGACGAUUAUUACAAAAAUAAACAAAAAGAGAGUGAAGAAUCCCAGACUGAUAAAUCAGUGCCUAACAAUGUUGCGAAUGGAUUAGAUUCGAGUGUUGAAUCGGAGUAUUGGACUGAGAAAACUAUUUUACUAGAUGAUAGCCACAAUGCAGAUGACCAAAAUGCAUCUAAUGGAAUUUCCACCAACGAUACACCAGAGCCCGUGGAUAAUUUGGACGGUGAAACUACAACUACAGACGAACCAAUGGCUAAAACGAGGCGCAAAAAUAAAAAGAACCCACAAGACAGUGAGGUUGACAAAAGUGAUAAUACUACAAAUGAUAAACUAAUUGAUACUUCACAAGAGGAAACAGCAGUAGAGGAAACAACUGUGGAAAAGGAUAACAAGGAUAAAGAAGAUCCUCCAACACCUCCAGAAGAAACAGAAACCGAAGAGGCCACAGUGGAAAAAGAUUCUCUGACAACUCAAGAGGAAAUAGCAGCUGAAGAGACAACAGUGGAAAAUGAUAACAAAAAUAAAGAAGAUCCUCUGCCAACUCCAGAAGAAACAGCAAUAGAAGCGGCAACAGUGGAAAAAGAUAAAAACAGAGACGAUUCUCUGUCAACUCAAGAGGAAAUAGCAGCAGAAGAGACAACAGUGGAAAAAGAUAACAAAAAUAAAGAAGAUUCUCUGACAACUCAAGAAAAAACAGCAGUACAAGAGACAACUAUGAAAAAAGAUAAGAAAGGUAAGAAAAACAAAAAUAACGAAGAUCCUCUUACAAGUGAUGCUGCUGAAAAUACUCCAGAAAUAACAGCAGUGGAAGAGACAACUAUAGAAAAAGAUAAGAAAAACAAAAAUAAGGAAGGUCCGCUUACAAGCGAUGUUGCUGAGGAGACUCGAGAAACAACAGCAGUGGAAGAGAAAACUAUGAAAAAAGAUAAGAAAGAUUCUCUUACAAGUGGUGCUGCUGAAAAGGUUCAAGAAAAAACAGCAGUACAAGAGACAACUAUAGAAAAAGAUAAGAAAAACAAAAAUAAGGAAGAUCCUCUUACAAGUGAUGCUGCUGAAAAGACUCAAGAAACAACAGCAGUGGAAGAGACAACUAUGAAAAAAGAUAAGAAAAAGAAAAAUAAGGAAGAUCCGCUUACAAGUGAUGCUGCUGAAAAGACUCAAGAAACAACAGCAGUGGAAGAGACAACUAUGGAAAAAGAUAAGAAAAAGAAAAAUAAGGAAGAUCCGCUUACAAGUGAUGCUGCUGAAAAGGAAGAUAGAACUGAAAAAGAUAAUGUGGAUGCUGCUGAUGCGGAAGUUAAGACAGAACCUCCAAGAAUUCGAUUGGUAGAUUUAAAUAAACUGAUUGAUCCCAACAUACGAAAAAAGGUGACAUUUGACAGUUCUAUUAUAGUCCUAAGUAGUUCUGAUGAGGAAAAUAGUGUUCCACAAGUUACAAAUACCAAAAACACUAGAAGUAAUUCUAAAAAAUCAAGUGAAAAUGUCGAUAAUAAAUCAAAAUCCAACUCUACUAAACGUAAAGAUAAGAACAGCACAGUUUCUGUGGAUGCUGACAAUGAAGCAGAAAUUAAAAUCUCAGAUUCUGAAUCAGACAGUACUAGUAGAAAAUCAAAGAGACUAAAAUCCGUGCAAAAUAACAAAGUUUUAAUGAGAGAGAGUCUUAAAGCUAAAUUCAAGAGACCAUCAAAGACAACGAACAAAAAAUCUGCAGCCGAUAAGUCAGACGGUUCUUCUAGUGAUUCUGACCAUGAAAAAUCAAAAACGUCUAAAAGAUCUGGUGUACAACCGAGACGCAAAUCUAAUGAUGUGAAGCUGAACAGCAAAGUGUAUGUUCCAUUACCUUUAUAUGGAUGUGACAAGAUGAAGGAGGUCUUUAACAAAAACCAAGAGAGCUUUGCAGUAUUAAGUGUUGAAAAGUUAAAGUUGUUGAGAAAAUCGAAGAGAGGCCGUAAAUCCCCGGGCGACUCCUCAAGCGAUACUGAGAAAUCCAGAAAGAAAAAAUCGAAAACCACUGUAAUAUCAGACGAUUCUGAUAAUGAAGGCGACUCUUCAAAAACGACCAGAAGUAAAAAAACAACCAAAGACGUGGAUGCCGAUUUAAAUGAUGAUACAUCGAAUAGUAAGAAAUCUGGGAAAAGGGUUAAGAACGAUAAAGAUUCUGAAGAGGAAAAUCCGUCGAACAAGGACAUAAAAACAAAGGACAAAGAUGUGGAAUCUGGCGAAGAUAAAUCUUCGAAGAAAAGUGUUAAAACAAAGGAAGACGACAGCGAAAAUAAUGAAAAUGUAGUAAUCAGUGAUUCCGAGGAAGAAGUAAGUACAAAGAAAAAUAAGAAAAGUCAACCUGAAGACGACAAAACUACGAAGAAAGGAAGUAAAAACAAAAAAGCAAAAGAUGCGGAGGAAUCUAAAAAGAAAACAAAAACGAAAAAAGGAUCAAACAAUAAUUCAGAUGCAGAGUCUGUUGACGGAGAUAAGAAAUCCCAGUCAGAUGCAGACUCAGAUUCACCUUCAACCAGUUCUAAAAAUGGCAACAAAAAGAAGAAAACUAAAAACUCAGAUUCAUCUAAAGAAUCAGAAGAUGAAGAUAAAGUUAAAGACAAAAACGACAAAUCAAACAAGACCGAUGAUGAAGACGAUAGCUCGAAAAAGAUAUCUACAAUUUCUAGCGAUGAUUCCGAUGCAGAUACCAGUGUACAGAAAGUGACAAUUAAUUCAUCCGAUAGCGAGACUGAAGAUAAAAAAAAGAAAACGAUAACGUUAGAUAGCUCUGAUUCUGACGACGAUUUUGCUACAAGGAAGAAAGAAAAGAAAAAGGAACUAAGCAAAAAGAAGAAGGUGAAAAUCGUCCUUUCCGAUUCAGACGAAUCGGAUACCGAGAAAAAAGCAAAGCGCGAGGCCAGCGAUUCUGAAGAAUCGGAUAAAUCAGAUAAAUCAGAUAAAUCAGAGAGCAGUAGCAAGAGUAAAAAAGCUUCAGAUGAGGAAACCGUAACGAAAUCGGCUGCCAGAAAGCGAAUCAGGAACGCUCGCAACAGCAGUAGUGAUAGCGAUGAAGAAGUAUCUACUAGGAGGAAAAUUCGCCAGGUUUUAACCAAGGCCUCGUUAUCGGCGACGACAAAACAGGCCGAAGCAGACGAGAGAGAUAGAAAGGCUCGUAUAGCCGAGAAACAGAAAAAGUACAAUCGCAUCUUCGAGGAGAAAAAAGAUGCUACGGUCGAGGAAGUCGUCCUGGAUUACGACCCGAAGACGAAGGAGCCCGUACUGGAAGUCCACAAGAAGAUCGUGAAAAACUUGAAACCUCAUCAAGUCUCCGGCAUCCAGUUCAUGUACGACGCUUGUUUCGAAUCGCUCGAAAGAAUAAAGAACUCGACUGGUUCGGGUUGUAUAUUGGCUCAUUGUAUGGGCUUGGGAAAAACCUUGCAGGUUAUAUCACUGACACAUACGCUUCUAAACCACAGCAAAAAGACGAAGGUCGAUAAGGUUAUGGUGGUAGCUCCCAUCAAUACCGUCCUAAACUGGAAGGCCGAAUACAAAAAGUGGAUGCCUAGUAAUUCGGCAGUCGAAGUGUACGAAUUGGCAACGUCGAAAAAGAACUACGAAAGAGCGUACACCAUAGAAACGUGGCAUCAAGACGGAGGUGUUCUAAUUAUCGGAUACAAUCUCUUCAGACUGUUGAGUAAUCCUGCCAACAAAAAACUCAGUAAGAAGAUGAGGGAGAAGUUUCAAGAGGGACUUGUAGAUCCAGGUCCCGAUCUAGUCAUCUGCGACGAGGGUCACUUACUCAAAAACGAAAAAACUAACUUGAGCAUCGCCAUGAACAGAAUCAAAACGUCCAAGAGGAUAGUCCUGACCGGCACUCCGUUGCAGAACAACUUGAAGGAGUAUUGGUGCAUGGUGCAAUUCAUUAAACCGAAUCUGUUGGGUACCUACAAGGAGUAUAUGAAUCGGUUCGUCAAUCCAAUCACCAACGGCCAGUAUACGGAUUCCACCUACCAUGACAUUCAACUUAUGAGGAAAAGAUCUCACGUGCUUCACAAACUCCUGGACGGCGUCGUCCAGCGUCGAGAUUAUUCCGUUCUAGAGCCGUAUUUACCGCCAAAACACGAAUACGUCAUCUUCCUGAAGCUAUCCGAUGUCCAGGUUAAAAUAUACAAAACUUACAUGGAAAAAUACGCGCGCAAGAACGAAGGAUCGAACCGAACGUCAUUUUUAUUCAACGAUUUUCAACAAUUGCAGAGGAUAUGCACGCAUCCGAGGGUUCUCUUGGAUAAGUCCAUCGAGAAGAAAGAGAAAUUGACGGACGAUGAAGAGUCUGAAGGUUCUUUGAAAGACUUCAUCGACGACGGAGACCAGAGUUCCAGUGCGAAAAGUACUUCAUCUGGUUCAGAAUCCGGUAAUGAGAGUGACGGAUCGGGAAGUGGGAAUGAAAAGAAGAGACCUACCAGGACGAGACUGACUAGAGCCAGAGCAGCACAAAAGAAAGAAAAUGGCGAAGAAGACAGCGAACCAGAAGUGAUAGAAGAAAAGAAAGAGUGGUUCCAGGAGUUCUGUGACGGAGAGGAAAUGGACAAUAUUAAAAAUAGCGGUAAACUGACGCUGCUUUUCGAAAUUCUGAAAGAGUGCGAGGAAAUCGGUGAUAAAGUGUUAGUGUUUUCUCAAUCUUUGUACGCGUUGAACUGUAUAGAAUAUUUCCUCGCUAAGGUCGACGAAGCUACGGAACAAAACGAGACGGAAAAAGUAGGAGGAUAUAAAGGUAGCUGGUCCUUAGGAUUAGACUAUUUUAGGUUAGAUGGAUCUUCCAGUUGUGAUAACAGGGCGUACUGGUGCGAAUCAUUCAACAAUCCCGAAAACACCAGGGCUCGUCUCUUUCUAAUCUCCACCAAAGCUGGCGGGCUCGGUAUUAACUUGGUGUCAGCUAAUCGGGUAAUAAUAUUCGACGUUUCAUGGAAUCCAUCCCACGAUGUGCAAAGUAUAUAUAGAGUGUAUAGAUUUGGACAGAUUAAACCCUCCUACAUUUAUCGGUUUGUAACAUACGGCGCCAUGGAAAUGAAGAUCUACGAAAGACAAGUGACAAAACAAGCCAUCUCGAAGAGAGUCAUCGACGAACAACAGAUCGACAGGCAUUACAACCAGAAUGACUUGCAAGAAUUGUACAACGGUGAUUUGGAACCGACCGAUAGACCACUACCUAUGGUACCAAAGGAUGUCUUACUGGGUGAGAUGCUACAGAAAUACGAAAACAUCAUAUUCAAGUAUCACUUGCAUCAAUCGCUUCUCGAGAACAAAGAGGCCGAAGGUCUUAAUGAGGAGGAGAGAAAAGCCGCCUGGGAGGAAUUCGAAAACGAGAAAGUGCUCAGAAAAACUUCAGCUACAACCUACCUUGGACAAGCUAUACCAGGUGUCGCCGGCAUCCAAGGAAUGAGUGCGCAAGCUAUCAAUUCAGCGUUGAUGAACAUUGUUCGAAGGGACAACCCCACAUGGUCGGAGCACCAGAUUAAAGGUAUCAUUCCUGCUCUUGUCAAGCAGCUACAAGUUCAAAUCGAAGAACAGGAUAUGUCGAUGUACCAGCGUGUUGUUCAAGAAAUCAACUUGAUGCAACAAGCUAGAUUGAAAGAAUCUAUGUACCAACAACAAAUGAUGAAGCUGUAUCAACAGCAGUAUCUUUUCCAGAAGCAACAACAAGCAGUAUUAGGAAACAUGAAGCUUAACCCGCAACAACUUCAAAGUCUCUACGGCGCCCCUAUGAACCCAAUGAAUCAAAUGAACUACUUUGCGGGCAACAACCAAUACCAACAAACAAUAAACAUACCCAGCACUUCUUCGAACCAAAGGAGGCGUCCACAAGAUGUUAUAGAGUUGAAUGACUGACACGUGGAGUAAUUUAAAUGUGAUAUAAAUUAGAUGGAUUUUUCUAAAGGUUUCUUAUGGAAACCACCGGAAAUUAUGAUCUAUACUUCUUUAUGAUCUUUUAUGUGAACAAAGUUAACAGUAAAUGAUCUGUAUGACCGUAACAAACAUUUAUUAAACCAUUAAUUUGCUUAAACUAUAUUUUUCCCAUCGGAACGCAAUAUUUUAUCUCUCAAGACACGCAAAAACAACAUUUUAAAAUUGCAAAAGUUGCGUCAUUCAUUAGAAACAUGGUUACUUGUAAACUUAUUUCCAUUGAGCCCAAAUUUUGACAGAUGACAUUUGAAUGUUAGCACGUCCGAAAUCAUAGUAGCUUCAGUGGUGCCAUCUAUAUGUUAAGCCCGGGACUUACCUAGUAAUAUGGUACAUACAACUGAACUUUUAAUAAUUUCAUCACCACUACUUAUUGCUCUAUGUAAUAGUCUUAAUUUUUUAAUAAAUAAUUUUAUACAUUUUUUGUAAGCAGUUUUGUAAGCAACAAGAAAGCGGUAUUAAUAAGUUACGUUUGUAUUGAUGCGCAAACAAAAUGUUUAAACCUGUUGAACAGUUUUAAAUAUCAUAUAAUGAUAGGAAAAAGGUAAUUAGGGGCCAGUGGGGCUAAAAUGCACAAUUUUUUUAUUAAACUGUGUUAUAAUACAAACUAUUAAUAAUUGUUUCACUUAUUUCACCCGAUUUACAAUUAUUGAGUUCGUGAUAUUCUGUAGAAAACUUAGCCUUUUUUCGCCUAGAUUGGCCUAUUUUUGGGUUUAAUGUCUCCAUUGUUCUUAUGAGAGUGUAUUUAGUGAAGUCAGUAAAAAAUAUCACUUUACUUAAAUUAAAGAAGUUAAUUUAAUUAAUUUACUAGUAUUGAUUUUUAAGCUACAUUAUUUACAGUGAUAAGUGCGCUAAUAAUUGGAAAAAUAAACAAGAUGGAAACAUAAUACGUUGUGAAAUAAAAAGAGACGAAACUAAUGGAUGGACUAUGGGAUCCGGCGAAGCCUACAAAGUAACAUAAUGAAUAUUUAAAAGUUUCCAUGAGUAACCGUAACAGGUCAGAUUUUCCGUACCAGACCAAACAAAACAUUACUGAUUCCUCCCAAACAAAACAUUAGGUUAUGUCUAAAUCUGUGACGAACUGAGUGGUUGUCAGUCCAAGCAUUUAAAGAAGCAUGCGCGUUCACAUGCAUCUGCGCGAUAAAACUUCGAAAUCAUUGGUAUCUUUUUAUUCAAUCAUCAAAAAAAACUGAUAAGUAAAUGGACAAGAAAUGAUUUUAAAAUGGAAGCUUUACAUAAAAACUACAUGAAAUUCUCCUGUUCCUCGCGAACUAGAUCCCAAAGUUACGAUAUAAAUUAUGAAUUUAGGCUGUUUUCAAUAAGAAAUAAUAAUCGAAGGCUUACCUAGAAUCUGUGUGCAGCUUACGGUUGUUAAUAAUUGGUCGCCAUCGCCAUUACGGUGUGGUUUUAACACUUAAAUUGGUAUAUCUUUGGUUACUGUUGAUUUAAACGUUGGAUUUUUGGAUAAAUAGUAUUUAUGAUGCUUUUAUUCCAUUUAAAUAGCGUAUAUUUGAUGGAUUCUAGAUCUUCGCCGCUUAAAAAAAGAGAAAUUUUGCUGCACACACUAUACGCACUUCAUGAGUUUCUGACCAGAACUGCCGGUAUUUCGCUCGAUAUCGGAAAUCGAACGCGGCACGCAAGCCCUCUGAUGAUAAAAAUACUUUCUAAUUUUAUCACUGGCGGCACGAAAAGAAAUUUCUGGAGGGAUAGUACUUGUUAAUUUUAUUUAUUAAUUUUAAUUGAAUUAAUCGAAAAUCAGUGUAAUUAAUUUUAAAUGGUCCGUAGCAUAAAAAUGCUACAGCAUCUCACGUAAAAUAGUUGACGACAGGAAAUUAUCAAAAAUAAUUAUCGCUGUAAUUUUUAUUUCUGUAGCUUUCUAUUGGCCAGAAUCUCUAUGAAUGAAAUAAUCAAUGGAAACGUUAAAUUUACGUUAUAGUAAGAGUUUCCCACCUUUAGACGUAUCGGAGGAGUUUGACAGCUACCACUGUCACAGGAGAAUUUUAUAAAAUUUGACUCCGAUACGGCUAAAGGUGGGAACUAUCAAUAUAAUGUAAAUUUAUAGGUUUAUAUUGAUAAUUUCCCACCUCUUCGCAUCUCCUUCUAUUUCAUGACGUAUUAUGUUUUCCGUAUUUUCCGUUAUUUUGCCGGUUAUUAGCGCAUUCAUCGCUGUAUAUUAAAAUAACGAAGUCGAAACAAAAUUGAUUAAGAACUGUUGGCAUCUAUAAGAAGAAAUACACCUUUAGAAAAAUUCAUCAAUUUUAUCUGUAUAUAAUAUAGUUUUUAAUGUAAACUUCCGUUUUUUGUACGAUUUGAUCUGGACCCUUUUAUUAGAAUUUACGUUUAUGGGUAACCCAUCCUGCAAUUUAUGUUUGUAAAUAUAUUUUUACUUGAUAUAUGUUUCUAAAUUACAUUAAAUAUUUAUUGCCUA